CCUCCAGUCCACAAGUCAAGGCUAAUUGCUGGAAUGCUAUGUGCUCGUUUGGUGAGCUCAGGAGGCCCCACCGCUGCAGGUUGGUUGUUUCCAAUUCACCUUUACAUGAAGCUGGGCUCUGGUCGCUGCCUCACUUGCCCCCACAAUGUUUCCUAGUCCCGUGACUACUACGCCCUUUUCUGUCAAGGAUAUUUUGAAUCUGGAGCAGCAUCAGACUGGCCUGGCUUCGAUGGAGCUCUCCACUCUGUCCUCCUCCUCCUCCUGCAUGCUGUCAACCUUCAAACAGGAGACGUACACGGCAGAGACGACAGCCCUCCCUGAACUCAGUGAGAAGCAGACUCAGAGUCACCCUUCCAAAAACUCCACCACCUUCCCCAGCUCCUUCUAUGUUAAAAACUACAUGGAAGUGGACUCGGCCAAGGACUCGAAAGUGGACAAGAAAGAACUGUGCUCCCUUCACAAGACCCUGGAACAGGAGAAAGGGGGCUUGGAGGAUCCAGAGCGCCCCAGACAAAGGAAAAGGAGAAAACCCCGCGUCCUCUUCUCUCAAGCUCAAGUGUAUGACCUGGAGAGAAGGUUCAAGCAACAGAAGUAUCUCUCGGCCCCCGAGAGAGACCAUUUAGCAAACGUCCUAAAGCUCACCUCCACCCAGGUCAAAAUUUGGUUCCAGAAUAGAAGGUAUAAAUGCAAAAGGCAGAGACAGGAUCAGACCCUAGAAAUGGUCGGGAUCCCUCCACCGCGGAGGAUAGCCGUGCCUGUUCUGGUAAGAGAUGGAAAGCCCUGCUUAGGGGAAUCUUCCCCCUACAGUUCACCCUACAAUGUCAACAUUAACCCCUAUAGCUACAACGCCUACCCUGCUUACACGAAUUACAACAGCUCAGCAUGCAAUGCCAACUACAAUUGCAACUACCCUUCCAUGCAGACCAUGCAGCCUGCUGCAGCCGGCAACAAUUUCAUGAACUUCAGCGUAGGGGACUUGAAUUCAGUGCAAACACCGAUUCCGCAGGGUAACGCAGGGAUUUCCACGUUGCAUGGGAUCAGAGCCUGGUAGACUUACUUCACCCAUCCCUAUUCUAGACCUCAGCGCAACAGUAAAAUGGGGACGUUUCACAUGGACUGUAAACUGAUCAAUGGACCGAACAGCGAGACGUUGGACUUGAGGCUAAGGGAAAGGACAGGCUUCCCCCCCCCUGCCUGGGAUCCUUCAGAGAAGCAAAUAAGCAAGUGUCUCGAUAUAUUUUCAAACUGCUGGGAGGACUGGGAGGGAACGGGCCUCUUGCAGGUUAAUGUAGUUUCCUCGAGAAAUUCACCAGCAUGCUUGUCGGCAUCUCCAGUUGGAAGUUUUGAAAGUUCUUUGUACAGAUUAUUCUACCCCAUGUAAGUUAAAGCGCACACGCACAUACACACAUACAAACACACACACAUACAAUUAGAUGUGGGGGUUUAUAUUAAAAUUACCAGACACCAGGCGCUUUGGAGAGCACAUUACCUAUCCCAUGUAAAGCUACACACAGAUCCCUCCUAGCUUCUCAGAAAAGCUGUAGGAAGCCCUGAGAGCUGAGAAGGUCUUGCACCGUUCGCCUACCCAACACUGGGCCGUUUUGCGCUACAGAAAUGGCUCCUUCAAAAAGAGUUUGAACAAUAUUGCCGGGGCAAACUCUUCGAUUUAUUUUAAAAAGCAAAGUUCAUGUUUCAUUUUGCACUUCCUGUAUGGACACUAGAUUUUGAGGAGUCCUUAAAGCUAAGUGUAUCGCUUGUCCUAGAUCUUCAAACGCGGCCUUGUGGUGACAACCAUGCGGUCUGCUAUUUUAUUUAAGAUGUAACUUUCCUUGCCCAGAGAUAGAGUGGGAGAGUAUAUAGUGUAUAUAGAUCUCACCAGCACACAAAAGCUAAAGACAAAGCCCCGAAAUGAAGGAAUUCAGAUGCUGUUACAUGCCAGAUCCCCGUAGGGUUAUGCACUAAAACGUGAUUUAGUAUUUAAAUGCACUGUCUGUUCCUUGUCCAGCCGCCAGUUUGUGUCUCCCUUGGCUGUGCAAGCUGAUGGAACUCGGUGACAUUAAAGAGAGUGGCUUAAUGUUGCACGGCUCCUUUGCUUUCAUUCUAGCCAUUAUU